UGAAAUUCUACUCGUUGCUAUCAUUCCGCCAAAUAAGGGAAAGGAGGUGGUGUGGAAAGAGGGUGGUUACGAGAAGAGAGAUAGUGAAAUAUAAGUUGCUCUGUGCAAUUCAUGUAAGGAACCUGACAUGUCUUACUCCAACAAAUAUAUUUUUGCAUCCCUUCCGAGAACUCAGAGGGGCCAACCAAUUGUUCUGGGAGGAGAUCCAAAGGGAAAAAAUUUUCUUUACACUAAUGGAAAUAGUGUUAUAAUAAGAAAUAUCGAGAAUCCUGCAAUUUCGGACAUUUAUACUGAACACUCCUGCACUACAAAUGUCGCCAAAUAUUCUCCCAGUGGAUUUUACAUAGCAUCUGGAGAUCAGUCGGGUAAAAUUAGAAUCUGGGACACAGUUAACAAGGAACAUUUACUGAAAAAUGAGUUCCAACCAUUUGGCGGACCCAUUAAAGAUAUUUCAUGGUCUCCUGACAACCAACGCAUUGUUGUUGUUGGAGAAGGAAGGGAAAGGUUUGGCCAUGUUUUCAUGGCUGAAACAGGAACGUCUGUUGGAGAAAUCUCUGGUCAGUCUAAACCCAUAAACUCGUGUGAUUUUCGACCUUCACGACCAUUCAGGAUCAUUACAGGAAGUGAAGACAAUACCAUUGGUGUGUUUGAAGGACCACCAUUCAAAUUCAAAAUGACAAAGCAGGAACACAGUAAAUUUGUUCAGGCAGUUAGGUACUCGCCCAGUGGGAAUCAUUUUGCAUCAGCAGGCUUUGAUGGUAAGGUGUUUCUGUAUGAUGGUGCAUCUGCUGACCUCGUUGGUGAAAUUGGCUCCCCAGCACACAAAGGAGGUGUAUAUGCUGUUGCUUGGAAACCUGAUGGGAAACAACUACUGACAGCAUCUGGAGACAAGACAUGCAAACUGUGGGAUAUAGAAACCAGAACUGUUAUCUCUGAGUUUGUAAUGGGCACCCAAGUUGAAGAUCAACAGGUAUCUUGUUUGUGGCAAGGACAGUACCUUCUGACCGUUUCCCUUAGUGGAUUCAUUACUUAUUUGGAUGUCAACAACCCUGAGAAGCCCAUAAGAGUGAUAAAGGGACACAAUAAGCCUAUUACAGUUCUUGCUUUGAGUCCAGACAAGAAGACUGUUUACACUGGUUCACAUGAUGGUUUUAUUACUAGCUGGGAUUCUAAAACAGGAGAGAAUGACAGAAUUGAAGGAAAGGGACAUGGAAAUCAAAUUAAUGGCAUGAAAGCAGUAGAUAAUUUUCUUUACACCUGUGGAAUUGAUGACAGUAUCAAGCAGGUUGAUAUUGCUACUAAAACAUAUCUUCCAACUGAUGUGAAACUUGGUUCCCAGCCACGUGGUAUGGAUAUCAAAGGAGAGACAAUUGUAGCAGGCACAGUGAAAGAGGUUUGUGUUGUCCAAGGAGGCAGGAAAGUAUUUAGCCUGCCUGUAGAUUACGAGCCAUCAUGUGUUUCAUUAAACAGUGAACAUCCAGAUGUUGCUGUUGGAGGAGCACUGGACCAAAAGGUUCAUAUCUAUGCAAUGACUGGUGCUAAUCUGAGUCCAAAGCUUGAGUUGUCUCAUCUUGGGGCAUUGACAGAUUGUACGUACUCACCUGAUGGCCAAUAUCUUGUUGCUUGUGAUUCUAAUAGAAAGGUCAUCCUGUACAAGUUGCCAGAUUAUCAGUUGGCUCACAAUAAAGAAUGGGGAUUCCACAAUGCCAGAGUCAAUACUGUUGCUUGGUCACCAAAUUCUCUUUUAGUUGCCAGUGGAAGCUUGGAUACAACUAUAAUUGUGUGGAGUGUACAGAACCCUGCAAAGCACACAAUUAUUAAAAAUGCUCACCCACAGAGUCAGAUUACUCGGCUGGUGUGGCUGGACAAUGAGACACUUGUUUCUGUGGGACAAGACUGCAACACUAAAAUUUGGGAAAUAUCUUCUAUUUAGGAUUGUGCACAACGUUGAGAAAACAAGAAGCUGAACCGUGAUUGAAGAAGUUCUCUGUCUUGCUAUAGCAUCUUUACAAAGGCAGGGGUCAUUUCUGUCUUUUAUUAGUGACACAAAGCACUUUGUAAACUUUUAUAUGUUCUGUACUAUGUGCAGCUCUUAAAAAUGAAAAGGUAACAGUUUGGCUAUGAAACUAUGAGAGAUGGGUUGAGCCUGUGUUAAAAUUAAUAUUUUUUUAAGAGAACUUUUGUAUUACUCUAAGUCGCAUUUAUAGCUUAUGCUAUGCAGGUUUUUGAGCAGAAGAUUAUAAAGCUCUCUCACUCAUGUGUCAACCCAUCAAGUUUAUUUUUUGAGGAAUGUGUACAGUGUUUGUAUUCAAACAUACUUAGACCAAACUCAGCAUUCGUUAGAAUAUGGUGAUCAUUGAAUAACUGCUAACUGUCAUGGAAUUCACCUUGUAACAAUCAGCUGUAGAUUUUUCAAAACUCAACAAAAAAGCAAGACAAUUUAGUCCUUGCCUGUCUAAAAUGGAAAUACUUUGAAAGACACGGAACAACAAUUUGUUCCAUGAUAUAUGUCCCUCUUUCCCAUGCCCCCCCUCCCCCCCCCCCUCUCUCUCUCUCUCUCUCUCUCUCUCUCUCUCUCUCUCUCUCUCUCUCACACACACACACACACACACACACACACACACACACACACAUACGGGGGGGGGGGGGGGGAGUUACUUUUAAUUUUUUUACAGAUUCUUUUGUAACUGUAAAUGGUAAGGAUUUGUUUGUUUAUUAAAACUGAUAUGAAACUUCACACACAAUUUGGGAAGGUUGUGCACUCAUUAGAAUUGCUUUCUGGAUAAAAUAUUCACAGUUGAAUGGUUGUAGUGUUUGGUAUGGACAGCAGUCACUUUCACAAAGCUGCUGACUAGUUAUGUCAGUGGCAAAUGUUAGUCACAUAAUAGUGCCACAUGUCUUAAUUGGACAACCAGAACAGGCCCUAACAAACUAUAUUUGUGUAGUUUUAAAAUGUUUGUAUAUUGAUGUGAUAUAAAUUAGCAUAUCACUGCCAGAAACUCUCAAAUUCAUAUUCAAUGUACAUGGAGUCAGGCAGUGCAUUUACGUUGUCUGUACACCAAAAAUAAUUUUCAGGCAUUUCAUGAGUAAUGAAAUAUCUCACGUUACCUGUAUUAAUAUGUGAACUUGUGGUAGCUCUGGUUCCUGAACAUAUAUUGUGAAAAAUGCACUGACUGGAAAUUACAUACCAAAGAAGUUGUAGCUUUGUUUUGAUGAAAAUUUGGGUGCAGUUAAUGUCCUAUGAAAGUCAGGAACAUAGGUAUACUUUGUUAUUCUGUUUUUAUUUCGGUAUUCAGGUUGUGUAGUUUCCUCUGUUUGAAGAAUAAUCAUUAGCAGUGUCGUUUUACAUUAUGAGUUUCAUAUAUAAUUUAUUGCCUAGUGCUUUUGUGGUCGCUACAUUACUUCACCAUUUUAUAAAAACUGUAACCUACAAAUUAGAAAUUUCCAUAUCAUGUGUGGCUUUUGUAAAAUGAAGGUUACUGUUGGAACAGUAUUUUAUUCAGUAAAGAAAUCAUUGAGAGAUAUAUUUACAAUAGAACGUUUUUUGGGUAUUAUCAGUUUUUUAAUGAUUUUAUUUACUUUUUAGUGUUCAAAAAUUAGAUUAAUCUAUGGACAAUGCAUUUAAUUAAACUAUAAGUAUUGCAUUUGAUGUUCCUUAAUUAUAUUUAUUUGUUCAAGGAAUGUUGUUAUGGCUGUGUACAGUAAAAUGUUUUGAUUUGAAGCUUUCAUAUAAAAAGAAAAUCUGUUCAAUUAAAAUUUUAUAAACACCAUAUUGAUGUCUUCUUGUGUGAUUUUCUUUAGGUAAAUAUCAUACCACAUUAUGGCAUUCUUAUUAUAAAAUGAGGAGAAAGUUUGUGUAUCUUUCAAAAUCAAUAAACUGGUCAGACCGUGUUUUCCACAAUAAAA